AUGGGGCAAUCUACUUCUACUCCGCUAUCUCUGAUGACCGACCGUUUUUCUGAUUUCAAGUCUAGAGCUCAGAAUCUUUCGUUACUGGUGAAGAAGAGCAAAUUGGUGACUUUCUGUUCCGCCGAGUGGCCCACCUUUGAUGUUGGAUGGCCACCAGAGGGAACCUUCAAUCCCCAGAUUGUCCAAGCAGUUAAAGAGCAGGUAUUUGCUCCUAGUCCUGCCGGACACCCUGAUCAGACUCCCUACAUCCUAGUCUGGCAGGAUCUAGUGAGGAAUCUGCCGGAAUGGCUUAAACCUUUUGUUCUUGCUCCUCCUAAACCCCCUAAACCUCCCCGUCCCUCUUCCCCAACCCCAACCUCGCCAAACCCGCAGGUAUUAUUCAUGAAGGCUUCCGAAGAAAAAGAAGGAAAAAAGGACGACAAUCAACCAAAGCCAGUCUUCCAGGAAUCUUCUCUGUAUCCUAAUCUGAUAGAUCUGGAGACCGAAUUGUUCCCACCCCCAUAUGCGGAUCCACACCCACCCUUGCUUCCACAGGUUCCACAGGUUUCAUCGGGAGAAGCCCGGAGGAGGGCGGAGCCCUUGGCUCCUCCUAGGGAAGGGGGCCCUGCCCAGGGAAUUCGGGGAAGAGCAAGGGAAAUGGCCAGCGCAGCGGAAGAAGAAGGCCCGGAAAUUCCCUCCUCCACUGUUCACGCGUUUCCGGUCCGGGCGGGGCCAGCCAGAGAGGGCGGGGAAUGGACAUAUCAGUAUUGGCCCUUUUCCACUAGUGAUUUGUACAAUUGGAAAACUCAGACUCCCUCUUUCUCUGAAAAACCGCAGGGUCUUAUUGAUCUUUUAGAAUCUAUCCUCUUUACUCACAACCCCACUUGGGAUGAUUAUCAGCAACUGUUACAGGUGCUUUUCACUACAGAGGAGCGCGAGUGAAUCCUGUUAGAAGCUCAGAAGAAUGUGCUGGGGGUAGAUGGGAGGCCCACAAUACAGCCUAACCUCAUUGAGGAGGGGUUCCCCUUGGUGCGACCCAACUGGGACUUCGAAUGCUCUGAAGGUAGGGAGCAUCUCCGAAUGUACCGCCAGAUCCUUAUGGCUGGCCUUAGAGGGGCCGCCAAAAAGCCAACUAAUUUGGCCAAGGUAAAUUCAGUGAGGCAAGAGCCAAAUGAGAGCCCAGCAGCCUUCCUUGAAAGGAUAAUGGAAGCUUUUAGACAGUAUACUCCUAUGGACCCACAGGCAGAUGAGUCUCGAGCAGCAGUUAUGCUAGCAUUUGUGAAUCAGGCAGCCCCUGAUAUUAGGAGAAAGUUACAAAAGAUAGAGAGGCUGGGUGAACAGUCCCUGCAAGAUCUAGUGAGGGCAGCAGAGAGAGUUUUCAAUCAUAGAGAGACCCCAGAGGAGAGAGAGGACCGCAUUAGAAGGGAAAAAAGAGAAUUUAGAGCUGAAGAAAACCGUAAGAACCAAAAAGAGCUGGCUCAGAUAUUUUUCACCAGAGUUGAAAACAAAAAUAGGUUCCAAAAAGGGAAAAAGCUAGACUCAAAGACUGAGGAAAAACCUGCAAGGCGUAAGCUUGAAAAAAACCAAUGUGCAUUUUGUAAGGAGAUUGGACAUUGGAAAGAUAAAUGCCCCAAGAAAAAUCUAAAAGAGGGGCCCAAAAAUCCCAAGAACGAGACUCCCUCUCCAGACAGUCAUAUCCUCUAUGCGGGUGAGGAUAGUGACUAGGGGGGUCAGGGCUCGACGCCCCUCCCCGAGUCCUGGGUAACUAUAAAUGUGGAGGGGAAACCAGUUGGCUUCAUGGUGGAUAUGGGAGCUCAAUACUCAGUCUUAAACCAAAGAGAUGGACCCAUGUCUAAGAAAAGUUGCUGGGUGCAGGGAGCAACCGGGACUAAGUGAUAUGGAUGGACUACAAAAUGGCAUGUGAACUUGGGGGCCCACCAAGUGACCCAUUCCUUUCUGGUGAUACCUGAGUGUCCAGCGCCCUUGCUGGGAAGAGAUUUACUAUCUAAAGUAAAUGCCCAAAUUCAUUUCGACCAUGGGCAAGUGUCAGUUUUAGAUGGAACUGGGCAUCCUCUUCAGGUCUUGUCUCUGGCAUUAAAGGAUGAAUACAGACUGUACUUGCCAGAGGCCCCAGCAACAAUAAGUCCUGAAGUACAGCCAUGGGUUCAUAGAUACCCUCAGGCCUGGGCUGAAACAGCAGGAAUGGGACUGGCCAAACAGAGGCCCCCUAUUAUUGUGGAACUGAAAGCCAGUGCCACACUGGUGAGAGUGCGGCAGUAUCCCAUGAGUCAAGAGGCUUGGCAAGGAAUUACUCCUCACAUACAAUGCCUCAUAGAUGCUGGGGUCUUGAGAAAGUGCCGGUCCCCGUGGAACACUCCCCUGCUUCCCAUAAAGAAGCCUGAGGGAACUGAUUUUAGACCAGUUCAAGGCCUGUGAGAGGUCAACAAACGGGUGAGUGAUAUUCAUCCUACGGUUCCUAACCCUUAUACAUUGCUAAGCAGCUUGCCACCAAGCUACGUUUGGUAUACUGUUUUAGAUUUAAAAGAUGCCUUUUUCAGUCUGCCUCUUGCCCUUGCAAGCCAAGAGAUCUUCGCCUUCGAAUGGCAGGAAGACGGUGGUCAGACUCCUGUGCAGCUGACGUGGACUCGAUUACCACAGGGUUUCAAAAACUCACCCACGUUGUUUAACAAGGCCUUGGAUGAAGACCUCCGUGAGUAUCGGGUUGAACACCCUACCAUUGUUUUAUUACAAUAUGUUGAUGACCUUAUGCUGGCAGCGGCUACAGAAAAGGCAACAGGUGACCUUCUCCAAACCUUGGGGACUUUAGGUUAUAGGGCCAGUGCCAAAAAGGCCCAGAUUGCCAAGCAAGAGGUUACAUACCUCAGUUAUAAGAUAAAACAGGGCCAGAGGUGGCUAACACAGGCUAUGAAAGAAACCAUCCUCCAGAUCCCUGAGCCGGCCAACCCUAGACAAGUGAGAGAAUUUCUGGGAACUGUGGGAUAUUGCCGAUUAUGGAUCUUGGGGUUUGCAGAAAAGGCCAGGCCCCUGUAUGAAGGGACCAAAGAAAACAAAGACUGGAAAUGGGCUGAGUCAAUGAAAACGGCCUUUCAGGAGCUCAGGCGUGCCUUGCUGGAAGCUCCUGCCCUUGCCCUUCCUGACCCAUCUAAGCCUUUCCAAUUAUUUAUAGAUGAAAGGCAAGGGAUAGGAAAAGGGGUACUAACACAGAAGUGGGGACCUUGGAAGCGUCCCAUAGCUUACCAAUCCAAGAAACUGGACCCAGUGGCAGCCGGAUGGCCACCUUGCCUCCGAAUCAUCGCGGCCACUGCGCUCCUAGUCCAUGAUGCUGAUAAACUGACUUAUGGACAGAGACUCUUGGUCUACACUCUUCAUGCUAUAGAGAGAGUUCUGAAACAACCCCCGGGUAAAUGGAUUUCCAAUGCCCGCUUGACACACUACCAGGCCCUGCUACUUGACACCUCACGGAUUCAUUUUCAAACGCCCUGCACUCUAAACCCUGCUACUCUUUUGCCCAAUCCGGAGGGGGAUAGCCCCCUCCAUGAUUGCAAUGAGAUACUGGCCGGAGUAACGGCAAUACGGAAGGACUUAACAGAUACGCCACUGGAUAACAGUGAGCUAAUAUGGUUUACAGAUUGAAGCAGCUAUGUAAAAGAUAGACAGAGAUGGGCCGGGGCCGCAGUGGUAGAUGAUUCUGGACGGACGAUAUGGGCGGAGACUCUUUCCCCAGACACCUCAGCACAAAGAGCAGAGUUAAUUGCCCUGAUUCAAGCAUUAGAGAGAGCUAAAGGAAAAAUAAUAACUAUUUUUACUGACAGUCACUAUGCUUUUGGCACCGUACACAUCCAGGGCCCGAUAUAUCGGGAACGGGGGUUUUUGACAGCUGAAGGAAAAGAGAUUAAAAACUUGCCAGAAAUCCGUCGACUUCUGGAGGCUGUGCAGUUGCCUCGGGCUGUGUUAAUAGUACAUGUACCUGGACAUCAAAAAGGGGACAGCCCCACGGCACAAGGAAAUCGUGCCACAGAUCUUGCAGCUCGAAAAGCGGCUGAUGAAGAUUUUAUCGCUCCGCAGCACUGGGAAAUAGAUUUCACCAAGGUAAGGCCAGGCAAGUAUGGUUACCAGUACUUGUUAGUGUUGGUAGAUACCUUCUCAGGGUGGGUAGAAGCUUUUCCUACUAAGGGAGAAACUGCAAUGGUAGUGGCUAAAAAGAUUUUAGAAGAAAUAGUUCCCAGGUUUGGUCUGUUGGUGACUGUUGGCUCUGAUAAUGGACCUGCUUUUGUGAGCCAAAUAGUUCAGAGCCUUGCCCUAGCUCUGGGGACCAAAUGGAAAUUACAUUGUGAAUACAGCCCACAGAGCUCGGGGCAAGUUGAAAGAAUGAAUCGGACCCUAAAGGAAACUUUAACUAAAUUGGCUAUAGAGACUGGCGGGGACUGGGUGACUCUCCUUCCCUUCGCCCUCUUUCGCGCACGUAAUACUCCUUAUCAGCUUAAUCUGACCCCAUUUGAAAUUCUGUAUGGGCGACCUCCCCCUGUAUGUCCAGUAUUUGAAGGAAAGAAACUUCCACCUCCUACUUUGGGACAAUUCCAGGAGGCUUUGAUGGCUUUGGGCAAAGUGCAUUCUUGUGUCUGGAAACUGGUCCGGGAAAUACAUGAGGGUCAAAACAAGGGGACUAUCCCCUCACAUAACAUCGGCCCCGGAGAUUGGGUGUGGGUCAAAAGGCACCACACCAAGGCACUAGAACCUAAAUGGAAGGGUCCUUAUGUUGUUCUUCUUACCACCCCAACUGCCCUAAAGGUCGAUGGUAUCGGGCCUUGGGUGCAUUGCAACCACAUACGUCCAGCUACUUCAGCAGAGCAGGAAGACGCUAAAAAAGAAUGGGAAGCAUCUGCACCUGUCCAACCCCCUGAGGCUGAAGCUCCAGCGUCGUCGACAGGACCAAGGCAACUCGUCUGGACCAUCUAUGGAUGA